AUGCAAGAUUGUCGAGAUUUACUGGCUUGGGUGUAUGAUGAAGGUCUCGAGACAGCUCUCGGCAAAGCCAACUCAACACUCGUACCAGAUCUCGACCAUGUCUUUGCAUUCGGCACCUCAUCGGGGGGGCAUUUGUCGCUUUGUUUGGGUUUCGAUGUUCCUCGCCCGGUCGCAGGUAUCUACGACAUGUAUGGCCCCAGCAACUUUGCCGAUGACUUCUGGACUACAAAGCUUGAGGGCAUGAAGCUACCACCUGGACUCACAGACUCAUUCCUUAACAAAGUAUUCUACGAGGACCCAGUCCCCAUCACGGGGGGCGUCUCCCUCGAAGGUCAAGCAACAGGACCUCCAGACUUUAGCGACCCUCGCCAAGCAUACGCCCUGACGCAACUGGCCAACGGCACUGUCCUCGAUGCCAUCUUCCCUUCGAAAGACUGGAGCAAAGUCGACCCGGCAUUGAAUGUUGACUCCUCGUUUCCUCCGACUUUUAUAGUCCACGGCGAUGCAGAUACGAAAGUCCCUAUUCACCUUAGUAGAAAGCUUUUUGAUGUCUUGAAGCAGAAUGGUGUCAAGUGCGGGAUGGUGGAGGUUCCUGGGGAGGAGCAUACAUUUGCGGCCAAGAUGGAAGUGGGAUCUGUCACUUGGAAUCUUCAGCAGCAGGGCUUUGACUUUCUUGAGGCCUUGAUUAAGUAG